UGGGUUCUCUCUUUCAGGUGGGACUGUGUGAGAAACAAAGUGUGGGUGGCCUUGGCUGGUGUUCUCUCUGCAGGCCUGGCUGUGCUUACCAGUUUUGGAUUGCUUCUCUUCUGUGGGAUGCCAUUUUCAACGCCUGUUGCCAGUGGCCCUUUUCUCAUUCUUGGUAUUGGUGUGGAUGACAUGUUCAUCAUGAUCUCAUGCUGGCAGAGGACGAGGGUUCAUGACAAGGUAGAAGAUCGCAUGGCAGAGACGUACAAGGAGGCAGCUGUCUCCAUCACCAUCACCUCUCUAACUAAUGCCCUGGCCUUCUACAUUGGCCUCUUGACGCCUUUUCGCUCUGUACAGUCCUUCUGCAUGUACACCGGAACAGCCAUCCUUUUCUGCUACAUCUACAACAUCACGUUCUUCGGUGCCUGUCUGGCACUGAAUGGACGAAGAGAGAAAGGCAACAGACACUGGCUGACAUUCAGGAAGGUUGAAACUCCAAAUGAAGACAAGAAGAGCAAUGCCUGCUCAGUCGGUGGUGCUUAUGAUCCGGACACAGGUGCAGAGGAAGACACGCCCAUCAAUGUCUUCUUUAAAAAGUAUUAUGGACCAUUCUUGACUAAUAUAUGGACCAAGGUGUUUGUGGUUUUUCUCUAUGCAGGGUAUCUGGCUGGUAGUAUUUAUGGCUGUUUUCAAAUGGAAGAGGGCAUAGAUUUGAAAUAUCUUGCACCUGAUGAUUCGUAUGUCGCUAGCUAUUAUGACAAUGAAGACAGAUAUUUCUCAUCUUACGGCCCCUUUGUCAUGUUCGUUAUUAAAGAUGAAAACUUCCAGUAUUGGGACAAAAGUGCUCGUGAAAACCUCAACAUGUGCCUGAAAGAAUUUGAAUCCUCUGACUUCGUUGCCAAAAACAUAACUAUAUCUUGGCUUGACUCUUAUGAGCAAACUGGUUUAGAUAUUUCAGAUAAAAAUGUAUUCAUGAGAAACUUGCCCACAUUUCUUAAUGUGUCCGGUUUCUAUCGGGAUGUUAAUAUUUCUAGUGGCAAAAUACUGGCCUCUCGAUUCUUCAUCCCCAGUAGUAACAUCACCACUGCAACUGACGAAAAGAACAUGUUGAACUUUUUCAGAGACACAGCUUCCACUUGUGGGCAGAACAUGGAUCUGUCCUAUCCAGCUGAUCUGUUAGUCUACCACCCUGCCUUCAUUUACUUUGAUCAGUAUGCGGUCAUUGUUAGCAAUACUAUCCAAAAUAUUGUAGCAGCUACUGUGGUGAUGCUUGUAAUUUCUCUUCUGUUGAUUCCAAAUCCUGUCUGUUCUCUGUGGGUGACCUUUGCUAUUGCCUCUGUAAUAGUGGGUGUAGCUGGUUUCAUGGCUUUGUGGGAUGUUAAUCUAGACUCCAUCUCUAUGAUCAACCUGGUAAUCUGCAUUGGCUUUUCUGUGGAUUUCUCUGCACACAUUUCCUUUGCUUUUGUGUCAAGUAGCAAAAAAACACCCAAUGAUAAGGCCAUAGACGCUCUCUACAACCUUGGGUAUCCAAUUAUACAAGGAGCUGUCUCUACUGUUGCUGGUGUUGUUGUCCUCUCAGCAUCAAAGAGCUACAUCUUCAGAACAUUCUUUAAGAUCUUGUUUCUAGUCAUCUUGUUCGGGGCUGCCCACGGCCUUGUGUUUAUCCCAGUGUUUCUAACAUUCUUUGGAGUUUGUGGCAUUAGCAGUGGUGUUGAAGAUGAAAAGCCUUCAAUGUCACAUGUUGAUACCCCUGUGAGCAAUAGUGUUGAAGAGGAGAAGCCUGUUGAUAGCAACACUACACAACAGCCAGUUCAAAAGCCAGGCCAAUUCGAAAUAAUGAAAAUCUCUUCCUUAUAAUGUUGGUAGUUGAAUGUUAAUUUAACCAUUGAAACUAUUGAUUCAAAAGAAACCUUUUACCUCCAUAAUCAUCUUGACUUCAUUGGGCAAUAUCAAGUAGGUAACAGUUCUUGCUUGAACAGGGGGCAGUCACGUGGAACUCUACGCGUAGAAACAUCAGUCGGCAUUUGUUCCAGACAAAACUCUCACCACUAUCUUUAUCAUGACUCUACCGUGCAAUCCCAAGUAAAUCACAACACUUCCUUUUAACAGAUGUCUGUCAUGCCGACCUCCAAGCGGCAUUCAUUUAAGGGAUCCUGACUGUCCUUUAGUUGUAGCUACUUUGAUACAGUGCAAAAAUAUUUUUGUAUCUUUAUAGUUUCAUGUCUAUGUCUAGUUUCUUUUUGGGAUGAACUGGAACUGUGUGUAAAUGAAUGUACUGAUUUGAUAUACACAGAGCAUAAUGUAAUAUUCAGCUUCAGUCUCUGUUGUUUGCAUGUAACAUUUUGUUUGUGAGAGCUUUGUAUCAUAAACACUCUUUUUGUUUGUGUAGCCAUGGUAAACUGUCAACCCGGACUGUACUUGCAAGAUGAGUCAUUU